AUGUCUCAACAUUCGCCUCCAGCAUCGUUUCGCGACGGCUUGGAACCAAGCGAGACUUCCACAGUCUACCUUAUAGACACACCUGGCUUUGACGACACGAAUCGAAGUGAUAAUGAAGUACUCUCCGAGAUUGCAUCGUGGCUCACUGCUUCAUAUACUCAAAAAAUCAGGCUAAGCGGUAUCAUAUACCUGCAUCGAAUCAGCGACGUUAGAAUGCAAGGAUCAGCGAAGAAAAACCUUUUUAUGUUUAAGAAGCUCUGCGGGCAGAAUGCGCUGAGUAAUGUGAUUCUUGCGACCACAAUGUGGGAUCGAGUAACCGAAGCUGAAGGCAAGGCUCGUGAAAUGGAGUUGACCUCGACGCCCGACUUCUGGGGAUGGAUGGUGACUCAAGGGAGCAGAGUCUAUCGGCAUACAGGCGACAAGGAAUCAGCAUAUAGACUGAUUCAGACCCUCGUCCAAGACAAUACUCAGGUCAUCCUCGCCCUUCAAAAGCAGAUGGCGGACGAAAACAAGAGUCUGGACGAGACUGACGCAGGCAAAGAGCUUCAUGCUGAAAUUAUCAAGGAGCGCGAGAGGUUCGAAAAGAGCUUGGCUGAGGUACAGAAGCAAACGGCCGAGGCUCUCGAAGCUCGAGAUAAGGCAUCGACCGAAGCGCUCAAAGAGGUACAAGAUGAUUACAAAGACCGCAUUAAGCGGCUUGAGCGGGCAAGAAAAAACCUUAAGACUGAUUUGGAGGAGUUACAUGAGAGAAAGUUUCAGAAGAUCGAGGCCAAAUUGCAAGAAGCGAGGAAUGAACAUUUGGAACAGCUUCAGCAGAUGGAACGAGAACGUUCACGAAAGGAGGCUGAAUUGUUACGCGAGAAACGCGCAGCCGAGCAGCGAGAGCUGGAAGUUUCUGCCGCACUGAAAAUGCUUCAACUCAAGGAGGACUCCACCGUAGGCACCGCAUCACAAGCCAAGAGGAAGUCCACGAAAUCUUCUUCAUUGAGGCAAGUUCUCACAAUUCACAAAGGUGGUUUCGAUGCUAAUAGUCCUCCUAGACUCGACCUGAUCAUGGCUUUAGGGGAGGAUGGAAGUUAUGUGUCUAUUGAUGACGAAGAUGUUUGGUAUAAGUGGCUGUUAGAGGAAUCUCACUACCCAGGUCUGAAGCGAAAGCUUGAGACUGUUAUAGAUGGAGAUGAAUACGGAAGAUUAUCGCAUAUCGUUCUGGGGUCCAAUGGAGACUACUUCAUCAAGGGCGAAGACUGCGCUUAUUGGAAUUUGAGCGCAAAGAUGAUAGAACACGUCGGACUGAACGAGAAUUAUUUGACUGUUGACGUCUGCGCGCUUGGUCAAGAUGGCAGUUACAUUGUACAGUUCGACAGCGGUAGGAUAAAAUGGAAUCUGAAAGAAUGUUAUCCCGGCUUGCGUGACUGGCUGAAGAAAAUUGCGGUCGAGGGGCCGGGGACAAACAUCUGGAUGAUAGAUAUCUCGUGGUUUUGGAAAAUCGUCGUUGGAAGGCCAGAUAUAAUGAUUCCGAAUGGAAGGAGUGGAAAGCAUGGUUAG